AUGACAAGAGAAGAUCUUAGUAGUAUAGUUACCAUGGAAACGAUAAGUAUUAUUGUUACCAUCGUUACCCUCAUUGCCAUACAAGGUCUGGCUCAGCGUAAUUUAGGGCCCUCAUCAUGUCCCGAAAAAAACGGCCGUUAUCCCACGUCAACUUGCGACGGCUAUAUCGAAUGCAGGGACGGACUGGCCGAGGAGAAAUUGUGCCCCGAUGGGCUGCUUUUUAACCCAGCAAGUGGCCCUCAGGCCUUCCCCUGCCAGUACCCCCUUGACGUGGACUGCACUGGACGUGAACAGACCCAGCCGGCUCAAGCGACCGACGAGUGCCCGCACCAGUUCGGGUAUUUCCGCAUGGGCGACGCGACCUCUUGCGGCCAGUUUAAGAAUUGCGUGGAUGGGCGUGGCUUCAUCUUUGACUGUCCGGAGGGUUUGGCUUUCAAUGGUGACACCUACCGUUGCGAUUGGCCGGAUCAGGUGGCCACGUGUGACGCGGAGGCGUUUCUGGGGUUCACGUGUCCAAACGAUGGGAGGAGUUUUGGGUUGGGAGAGGCGGAGUUUCGCUUUUUUAGGUCGCCGAAUGAUUGCCAACGAUAUUUUGUGUGUGUUAAUGGACGCCCAAGGUUGUAUAACUGUGGGGAGGGGAGGGCGUUCAAUGAUCUGAUUGGUGCUUGUGACGGGGUGGAGAAUGUCACGGGGUGUGUGGGUGGGGCGCAAGGCGGGGCUAACUUCCGGAAUUAUCGGAUAUGA